AUGGACAGCGGCGGAAACAUGCGAAGUAACGAGGAGAGGGGCGCAGAGAAACACAUGGAUGACUACCUCAAAUCUAUCGGCCUGCAGCGUAAGAAGAUCGCCAAAGAUGGGUCGUGCUUGUUUCGGGCCGUGGCGGAACAGGUGCUGCAUUGCCAAAGCCUUCACUUACAGGUUCGACACAAAUGUGUGGAGUUUCUGAGGAAAAAUCGCCAGAGUUACGAAGCUUUCAUCGAAGGAGACUUUGAGGAGUAUUUGCACAAACUACGGGAUCCGCAGCAAUGGGUCGGGGAGGUGGAGAUCAAUGCGCUGGCUAUUAUGUACCAGAGGGACUUUUGGAUUUUCCAGGACCCUGGGAAAGCUGCUGUCAACAUCACAGCCAACGACUUCAAAGACAAGGUGCAGCUGUGUUUUCUGAACGGUAACCACUAUGACAGCGUGUAUCCACUCAGCCGCAUCCGGAACUCUGCCGUCUGCCAAUCGAUCCUGUACGAGCUGCUGUAUGAUAAAGUCUUCGCCGUGGACCACAAUCUGUUGGGGGUUUGUCAGAGGUCCGCCAAGUCCUCGGACUUUCUCAUCGACGACGUCAUGGCGGCCUGUCCCAGCAGCGAGGAGUCGGACAACGAGGCGGACGCGCUCAGGCCAGAGAACGAGACCUGUGCAUCUAUUGUCAAAUCAAAGGGUCGCGGUCGCGGUCGGCAGCUGUCCGAGCGAGUGAAGCGGUCCCUGAACCCGACUCUGCUCCGGAACGUUCAGUACGACGUGUGGCACCGCUCCAAGAAAGCUCAGCAGAAGAUGGACUUCUGUAUUGCGUCUGGAAUGCAGUACAACGUGGGGGACCGCUGCAAGGUGCGAGUCGAGGCCAGUGGCGAGGUCGUGAGCGCCACGGUGAAAAUGUUGUCUCCAGACAGCAACGGCCCAGUGACCGUUUUCAACGACAACUUUGGAGAAAUUAAAGUUCCGGUGUGGAAGCUGCGUCCGCCCACAGACAGCACCUGGAGCACUGUGGUCCGGGAGAAAAAGGUCAACAACGGAACUGGAGAGUGGGAGCACCGGGGCAGAGGCCGAGGUAGAUCUUCCACUGCUCCUCCCAGCGUGCCUCAGACCACAGCGCCACCUGCAGGAAGAGGAGCGAAGCCGCAGUCGUGGCCCCAGCCGCCUCCCGCAGAGGAGCGAGAGCCAACAAACACUAAGUCAGAGCCGCUGUGGUUUGGUCUGUCGAGCCAGCAACGUAUGGCCAAAGAGGAAGAGGAAAAAAGUGCAGCUUUAGUGGAGCUGCAGUUUCCCGACGACCGGAGCUUUCCUGCCCUCAGUGCUCAGACCGUAGCUCAGAGCGAAGGAGUGAAGAAGAAGGGAGUCGACAAGAGACGCUCACAGAAAAACUCUACCAGGAGGAGUCCAGUUGAGGAAGCAGUACCUGUGUCCUCUACUGGAGACGCCCCCAAAGGCACAUCUCUUCCUCCCUCCUCUCCGUCUCCUCCCGUCUCUGCUGCCUCUCAACCAAACGUGCCCCGUCAGUCGACCUCUGCUCCUCUGCCCCUUGCCCCCAAAACCUCAACGCCCAGUUUAGUCCCUUUGUCCGCGUCCAGUUUCUCUUUCGUGACCCCCGUUCUCCCGGCCGCAUCAAACUCCUCCUCGUAUCCUCAACUGGGUCCUAAGUCCUCAUCUCCUCCCACCUUCAUUGCUCCCAUCGCCCCGUCUCCCACUCAGGGUCUGAUCGCUCGGACCACACCGAGUCCUCCAGCAAGCGCCCCCACUCUCACCCACAACCCCCCACCGGCGAAGGAUGUCCCAGCCCCCAUGCUCACAAGUCAUUUGAAGACAACAUCUCGCAGUGAUGCUCCUGAGCCUCCAAACCUGAUCCAGCAUAUCCCAGUCCAGGUCCCUGCCCAGGUCCCUGCUCAGGUCCCUGCCCAGGUCCCUGCUCAGAUCCCAGUCCAGGUUCCAAUCCAGACAACUAUCCAGAAUCAAGACCUGAUCCAGGCUCCUCCUCGUCAGGUCCUGCCCACGAUCCCACACCACCAAACCCUCCCAAUUCAAAGCUCUCCUCCUUCACAUCCCGUUCCCUUCCAAGCCCCCUCCUCAUAUCCAUCUUCCCUACCCCCACACGAGGGCAAUUUCUCCCACCUGCCUCCCGCCUCCCCGUUGGCCUCGCAGACCCACACGGAGCCGCUCAAGUCAGGCUCUCCUCCGGACCAUGCCCCCCCUCCGGUCCAGCACCAGUACCUGCCUCACGUCACCCCGAUGCAGCAGCAGUUAGCUCAAAUCUACCAGGACCCUCUGUACCCGGGCUUUCCCAAAGGAGACGAUGGCCAGAUCAUGCCCACCCCGCCCAUGUCCACCAGCCAAUCAGGAGACGACCUGCCACGAGACACUAACGUUCUGAGAUUCUUCUUCAACCUUGGAAUUCAGGCGUACGCGUUACCGAUGCACGCACCGAUCAUAUACCUUAUGGCUCUGCAGCAGGCACAUACUGUGCAGCAGUCCCACGCUUUACAACAACAGUCUCAUUCCCUGCAGCAGUCCCAAGCUUUACAUCAGUCCCAAGCUUUACAUCAGUCCCAAGCUUUACAGCAGUCUCACCCUCUACAGCAGUCCCAUUCCCUGCAGCAGUCCCACUCGUUACCUCCUGGAGUCCCAUCUCGCUCCCCCUCUCCUGUCUGCCCUCCCCAUGAGCCUUACCACUCCUACAAUCCAGCCCCAAACGCCCGCCAACCCUCCUAUCACCCUCCCGAACACUCCACUCCUCCUCCCGCUCCCGUCUACAACCUGGAAACCUCCCAUGCACCGUACAACCCCACCACCUUUGAGUCCAAUCCGCACCACGGCUCGUACACCGCCGCGUAUGCCCCUGCCCCGCCGCACGUGCAGUGGCAGCACCAGCACACAAACCAAGCGUAUCCUGCCGCCAACUACCCAUACAGCCAGUCUUACUACCAGAACCACGCUCACCAUCAUAACCAGGGGCUAGUAGAGCAGCAGCAGCAGCAACAGCAGCAGCCACCCGCCAACGGUGACGCGCGGCUGGGGAUGAGGCUGGCCCGGCUCCCAGGGGCUCUGGACGCACCGGAGUCCGGGGGGAGUAUGAACGGGGGACAUAUGACCAUGCAGCCCGCAGUGACGAGCUUCGGUCACUUGAACCAUGAAGUUAGGGAGAACAUGAUGUUGCUGGUGGACCCUCCUCUGGACAAACCUAUUGUGAUAAACGUCCCAAAGUGCAGCAGUGGCCCCGGCUCCCCGGCGCUCUACAGCCCCUCCUCGCACCACUCCUCUGACUCCAGCUGCGCGCCGUUCUACAUGAAGGCAGCCAAUCACAGCGCGCCUCCUUACCACCCAUCCAACCACGGCGGCCCAUACAUGCCGGCGAAUCACGGCUCGGCGUUCCUCCAGGCCGAGUCCAUGUCGGUGAGCGUGGGGACCACGGACGAGGACUGGAACGAUCAAGAGACGCAGAGACAACGGGCAGCAGUACUCGCAGAGGGGAAGCAGGGGGCGCUCGUGAGCUACAGACACAGAUCUCAAUAUUUUCAUCUCUUUCAACCAAAGAAUCUUCCAACUGCUAUAAACUGA